AUGUCAUACGAUUACGAAGCAUAUGAGAUGCCCGAUGACAAUGAAGAGGAGGAAUGGUAUAAUAAUCGAAGUGUCGGUCUUAGUCGGACACCAUCGAAGCCAACACUCGAGAGACACCUGAAACGCGAUCACAGAGGUUCACGUGUCGGCAAAUUGAUCUCCCAUUUUGAAAACUUACAAAAACAACCGGUAAGUGGUCUAAGUAGUAGUUAUGGCAGAUUGGGUGAUAGGCGUAUACCUACACCAAAAAAUGGCUAUUCUAUGGCUAAUAUUGGCCAAAGAACAACAUCUUUAUCAUCUCACGUCAGUAGUAACGGCCAGUCCCAGUGGGGCUCUUCCAGUGCYGGCUAUAAUGGAAUUGCCGGUCAAACAACUACUCCGAAAAAUAUAUAUGGAGGAGCCAGUGGUAGACAAGCAGUUCUGCCAUGUAGUAGAUUAGGAGGAACUGGUAGUCAACUACUAUCGUCUCCAAGUAGUCCUUAUGGCGGAUAUGGUGGUAGUCUUACAACUACUCCGAAAAAUAUAUAUGGAGGAGCCAGUGGUAGACAAGCAGUUCUGCCAUGUAGUAGAUUAGGAGGAACUGGUAGUCAACUACUAUCGUCUCCAAGUAGUCCUUAUGGCGGAUAUGGUGGUAGUCUUACAACUGCACCGACCAAUAUAUAUGGAGGAACCAGUGGUAGACAAGCAGUUCUGCCAUCUAAUAGAUUAGGAGGAACUGGUGGUGGGUUACCAUUGUCUACAAGUAGUCCUUAUGGCGGAUAUAAUGGUAGUCUUACAAUUGCACCGACAAAUAUAUAUGGAAGAGCCAGUGGUAGACAAGCAGUUCUGCCAUCUAAUAGAUUAGGAGGAACUGGUGGUGGGUUACCAUUGUCUCCAAGUAGUAAUUAUGGCGGACUGAGUGGUCAAAGAAGUACUUCUAGAAGUAGCUAUAGUGGUGGUGGACUAGCAAUGCCUCGGACUAGAAGUCUUGGGACAUACAGUUCUGGUGGAAAUCCUAUGGUUAGUGAUAGACUGCCAUCUUUAGAAUCUCUAUCCAUAAGUAAUAAUCAGUAUCUGUUAGCAGCAGUUGAAAAGACUCUAAGAAAUGUGUCUAAAAUGAUGGAUCAAACUGAAGAUCUUAGUCGGACACCAUCGAAGCCAACACUCGAGAGACACCUGAAACGCGAUCAUCGGGGAAAACAUGUCAGUCAAUUGAUCGACUAUUAUGAGGGUCGGGGACGACCACAAACACCACCAACACUACAAAGACAUCUAAAACGCGACCACAGAGGUUCACAUGUCGGCAAAUUGAUCUCCCAUUUUGAAAACUUACAAAAACAACCGGUAAGUAGUAGUUAUGGCGGACUGGGUCAUAGGCGUACAACUACACCAAGCAAUGGAUAUUCUAUGGCUAGUACUGGACAAAGAACAACAUCUUUAGCAUCUCUCUCCAGAAGUAACAGUCAAUCCCAGUGGGACUCUCUCAGUGCUGGCUAUAAUGGAAUCGGUGGUGGUUUAGAAGUUUCUCAAAGAAGUGGAUAUGGUUUGGGUAGUAAUGGCAGUGGCUAUUCAACAACCGGUGGUGGUUGGACACCAAAACCAAUUGGUCCCCAGUAUGAUGAAAGCUCUCAGAGCAGUGGCAAUGGACAUAUGGGUCACGACCAUCAAGGAAAACAUGUCGGCCAACUGGUUGCUAAGUUUCAACAAAUGGGUCAACAGGCUAAAAAUGGAGGACAGGAACCACCGCCACCGCCGCCACCACCGCUUGAUAUCGGUCCGUCGCCCAAUGUUAACGAACUUAUCGCUGAGUUUGAGGCGAAAAAUGAACCACAGGAUGACGAUAACUUCGACUUAGAUAACUUUGAAUGGCCAGAAAUGCCCGGACCGCCCGGACCGCCACCACCAUCACUAGCCAGUUCGGAGGGGUCAUGGUCAGAGUGGGACUGGUACAAAACCGGUCUUACCGGCGCAUAG